CACUCUUGACGGUUACGGCUUUUUUGAGCUUGAAGCUAAAAUGAUUGGGGGAAAAUUUCUCGCUUGAGAUCAGCUACGCAGGCAUGGGCGCUGGAAUACGCAGAACAUGGAAGCCUGUUACCUGACGUCCCUUCCACGAGAAUCGGUUAGAAUUAUCAUGGUUUCUCUGGGGCGAAAGGCCAGUAUUGGUUUCCUCGUGCGACGGUCACUCCGUCAGAAAACCUCCAAAAGAAGGUGUUUCCGAUGGUGGAUCGCGUACUGGCUGAUGUGCAGAUCGGAGCAGUUUGUGAAAAUUCUCUUUGUGCUCAGGCAUUCUUGCAGCUGCUGAAGAUCAUGCGUAUGAUGCUCUUGCAAGAUGCGGUCAUGUUUCCCAUUGACCAAUGCAAUAUUGCUUUUUUCAGCCACGAACUGUUCCAAGAUCCCGAGUUAUUGGCGGUUUUACAUUUCCUCGCCAAGAUAUCGAUGGUCAGGCCUUCAAAACGCCAAGGCAAUUCCAGCGAUCUGACGAAAAAACGGAACAUUACCUCGAGACGGUCUCCGGUUGCUAACUCUCGGAUUAUGCUCCAGAAUUUGGCUGCCAUUCACUAUAUACGCAGAACGGAGCCGAAAAUCGCCAGCCUAAGAUCGCCGCAAGUCAUUGUGGAAAGUGAUGACCCAGCCUCGCCGGAGCUUUGGGGGCCUUUCUCCUUGAUAACCGAGUCGGUAGGGUCAUUCGGCACUCAAAAGCCGUUGGAAUGGUUCAUGCGAACCGAUUUGGAGCCCCGGAUAUCCGCAUUGACCCUGCUGAAUGCGUUGUGAAAGCAGCUAAAUGCUGGAUCAAUGGCCAGAUUUGGAGAAGUGCUUUCCGCCGUUGCGAAGAUGUGACCCAUAAUUUCUUUGUUUUUUCUCGCUUGACGUGGCUACCAACAGGAGAUUCGGACAGCCGAUGGAUGUUGCAGCAAUCAUCUAUUUUAGAUCCAUUUGUAUUUCUUUCGCCAUGCCUUCGAAGGUGUCCCGACGCUGCUGGCAGCCGUCCUGAUCGUGAGGACCAACGAGGGCCCUUUUGACCAUACAAGACUUCGUCUGCUCCCAGCAAGUUCAAGAUCAUCGAUGUACGGGACAUUGUCACACCCGCUGAUCGGGUAUCAAAAGGCGACCGAAGGGAUUAUAUUUUCUGGUCAAAAAGUGCAUGUGUGGAACCUUGCCGCUUAGACCCAGAACUCAAAUUUAUAUACGCACAAACAAAUUUUCAUACAGUCAAAGAUACUUCCUAC